AUGGCCAGGACAUCAUGGAUUUGCCUCUUCCCCGUCCUGCUGUGUGCCCUCAUACUUCCCCUCGUUGCUUCUCGUCCUACUCCAAUAGACCCUGCGGAAUGCUCAACUACUCUGUCUCAUUGUAUUGACCAUCCGGCAUCCCCCGGAAUUAACGAGGCCGACCUCGCCGUCCAUGAGCCUUUAAACGAUCGGUCCACCUUGUCCCUCUAUACCGAUUCCUUCACGCAGAUGACGCGGAAGGCCAAGGCUACAAUUACGGUGCUGUCCACGUUGAUCGCAUAUAUAUCCAUUAACAGCAUAGCCCACGUACUCAAGCCGUCCGCCUUUGUCUGGUAUGAAGAGGAUCGAGACGAGCGGAGCUGGAUCGCCAGCUCCCGCUCGUGGCUGGACCGCAAAGCCUGUCGAUGGCUCGGGAUCUGCGGCGCUGCUCAUUUCCAAAUGGCUGGUGCUCCUUUUGGACAUCGCGAACCAGCCGCGUGGUCGGCCGAUGCCGAGCCGGAGGCGCCCUGGCGGUCUUUCUGGUUCAGUGGGGCCAAUCAAUCUGAGUGGGAUGCCGACGAGCGGGCUCGGCGCCAGAUCCCCGGAUAUGUCUUUGAAUAUGCCCCACUUGUCCACCUUUAUUCGGGCGAGCAGUUCUGGCCCGGGGAUAUCGCAGAGCAUUUAUAUCAUACCACCCCGACGCUAAAUUACACCCCAAUCCAGGCGCGGUGGGAUCACCCGACUUUGCGCGACUUGGACGGGCUGAACCAGUGGGAAAAUGGGAGACAUGUGUUUUUGACCAGCAACGACGAUGUGCAGACUCGCCCGCCCUGGUUGGAGGGCGAGAAGAACAUCCCGCGAACAGAAGAAGGUCGCAUGCAGGAGUCAUGGGCCGAUUGGGAUAGCCGAGUCGAUGGAGAACCCCCCGAUGAUACCGAGGAGAAUCGCGCCCAAUGGUUUGAUCUGAAUAACCCACCAGAUCAAGAUGCUACAUCUGAACACGACACACCCUCUACCGAAGAAUCUUUACGAGCACAGGAGGCUCUGAAAGAGGAGCUGCGGAGGAGAUACGGCGGCAAGCCAGUUCGCUCAGAAGGUGCCGAGGGUCGCAGUGAUGCCCCUGCGGUCUUGCUGGUGAUGGAUAAAGGGAACGGGGUCGUGGACGCUUUUUGGUUCUAUUUCUACAGCUUCAACCUCGGCAACACGGUUGUGAAUGUGCGCUUUGGCAACCAUGUUGGUGACUGGGAGCAUUGCCUCGUCCGAUUUCAUCAUGGCAAGCCCAAGGCGCUCUUCUUUAGUGCCCACCAGGGUGGAGAUGCCUACAGUUAUGAAGCGGUUGAGAAGAUCGGGCAACGGCCCGUCAUCUACUCCGCCGAGGGCAGCCAUGCCAUGUAUGCCACGGCCGGAGUUCAUGAGUACAUCCUUCCAUGGGGACUCCUGCAUGAUGUGACUGAUCGUGGUCCACUGUGGGACCCAUUGCUCAACUCGCACGCGUAUACUUAUGAUUUUGCCCAAGACACCUUGCGCGCGUCUACCUUCAGCCCUCAAGCCCCUACUGAAUGGUUCUAUUUCAAAGGCCACUGGGGUGACAAGUUCUACCCGCUGGGCGAUUCGCGCCAGUACAGGUUUGCCGGUCAAUACCACUACGUGAACGGACCCAUCGGACCGCACUUUAAGCAUCUCAAUCGCCGUAAAGUUUGCCAAGGCCCGGACCGUUCCCCUUGCACGAUCAGAAAUUGGACUGGAGAAAAGAAGCGCGCCCGGCGAUGGGAGACCGUCGGUCCAGGGGAGUAA